UUCCCUCCCAGGAAGAGGUGUAGGAAGAAAAAUCGCAACACCCUCUCCCAUCAGCGGCGGGCGGACUGGGAUUGGUGAACUAGGGAAUUAAGGAACAUCAUACCCCCCCCCCGCCGCCGCCGCCAGCGCCCCCUUCCCUGCCAGCAUCUUGGGCAGGGCGCAUGCAACUCACGCCCGUCUCUUCUCCGCGCGCUCCCCUCCUUCCGAUCAAGUGCAGAGUCAACUUUCUCCCCCCCCCCCGCCUCAAUUCUCAGUGCAUCUUGGAUUGCUGCUCCGGAUACCUGCUGCUCCUCCUUCCCGCACAGCUCUUUCGCGGUCUCCUUCCCACCGCAAGGAUUUUGUUGUUUUCCCCUUUUUUUGGGGGGGGGGUGCCCGCUGCUGCUGGUGGUCUUCCUUUCUUCGAGCUCCCCACACCUCCUCCAGACCCACCUCUCUCUCUCUCUCUCUCUCUCUUUCUUUCUCCCACCCACCCCCCUUCCCCGCCGCGCUCUCAAUGCUGGCGGAAGAUUUUUGCCUUGAAACAUGAAGGUCCUUAGCUGGGUGCAUCUGCUCCUUAGCCAGUGGCUCUUGCAAAAGGUUGCGUGUGUGAAAGGCCAUGUGACCAAGACCCUGAACUACCUGGAGAUGAGUCCCUCAAGUGUCUUGAAGGGCACUGCUUUGAAACCUCACCCACUCAACCCUGCUCGAAUAUUUUCCAGUGAGCCAUCCAAAGCCAAGCUGGACCCAUACAGUGGUGCCCUGAGUCCCUGGGACUGGACCAAGAACCAGACGGCCAUGGAGCACUUCAACCAGCGAGCUAAGAGGAAGCCCUCCAUGAAGGCGGGCCGAACCAAGAAGAUCUUUGGCUGGGGUGACUUCUAUUUCAACAUCAAGACCCUGAAGUUCAGCCUGCUGGUGACAGGCAAGAUUGUGGAUCAUAUAAAUGGCACCUUCAGCGUCUACUUUCGUCACAACUCCUCCAGCCUGGGCAAUGUCUCCGUGAGCAUUGUGCCACCCACCAAGGUAGUUGAGUUUGAUGUACUGGUUCCCCCUAUCCAAGCCCAGCACCUUCACCCUCAGCAGUCCACUUUAGCUGAGCCCAAGGAACCCAAGACCUUCAACUGUCAUGUGGAAUAUGAGAAGACGAACCGGGCACGCAAGAACAAGCCUUGCCUCUAUGACCCUUCUAAGAUCUGCUUCACCGAGCACACGCAGAGCCACGCCGCUUGGCUAUGUGCCAAGCCCUUCAAGGUCAUCUGCAUCUUCAUCUCCUUCUUCAGCAUCGACUACAAGCUGGUCCAGAAGGUCUGUCCAGAUUACAACUUCCAGAACGAGAACCCCUACUUUGGCUGAUGAGGGGGGAAGACUUUGGGAGGGGGGACUGUGCAGAGGGGUGUUAAGUAAGUUGCACUCUUUUUAUCAGGACAGGAAUUGGAAGAACUUUGGCUGGCAGUGAAAGAAACAGGAGGCCCCCCCCCGAUGCUUAGUGAGAGAAGGAUGGCCGGUUCUGAACAGGAACUGGAUUCUGCUCCAUCUCAUAAGGCAUUCCCUUCCCAGUGGCAACUAAACUUCCCAGGACUUUAGGAAAAUAGAAACUGGCCAAAAGGACACUGUUGCUUUUGCUCCCCACUGUACCCCCUUUCCGAUGCUGUUUGGGUCAUCUCAAGGGAAUUCCCAGCAAUAUGAAGAAAUGGCUUGCUGUGGCUUUCAUCUCUUUUGUGCAUAAAUGGGCCCUGCUGCUUCUGUGGGGCUGUAACACUGACUUACAUGAGAAUGUCUUUCAGGAUCAUGCCUCCCAUCUGGAAUAUAAGGUUCUGGUAGCAGCCAAAGGUCCCUCUGUGCAUCUCUCUGUCUCUCUUCUCCUUGGACUGAGCCACAAAUUGUCAGCUGAGUUGCUACUGAAGCUAUUCAUUGACCUGCCUGGGAUUGUGGAAAAAGCAUAUUAACCCACAGGGCCAACUCACCUCUUGCCAGAUGCUCUACAAUGGAAAGGACCAACAGAGGGCAGAAAUUGCCAAACUCGGGAGCUUCUCUGUUCAUAUAAUACAGGAAUGUAAUGUGCAAUGGAUCAGUCAUGUUAAAUUGGGAGGGAGAGUGAGAAUGUGUGUCAGCUGGAGUUAAGCUGAAUGCAAACAGGGAGAUUGGGGUUCGGUGGGUGAGAUCAUGUCAGAACAAAGGGUUUGCAUGAGAAACUGAAAGAUUGGGAGGUGCAUAAGAACACAUUGAUGCAACCGGGACUGUAACAUUUCAGUGUGCGCACGUGC